AUGCAACGGGUCCAGAAACUAAAGUCACUCAUUCCAAAAUCGACCAUAGUAUUUUACAAACAGCCUCUACUAAUCACAAAGGGCGAGAUGCAAUAUUUGUAUGAUUCUGACGGGAAAAAGUAUUUGGACAUGUUCGCUGGAAUCGUCACCGUAUCUGUCGGCCACUGUCAUCCAAAGGUUAAUGCGGCCCUAAAAGCUCAACUUGACAAACUCUGGCACACGACAUCCAUCUACCACACUGAGCCUAUUCUCGAAUAUGCGGAGAAGCUAACAUCGAAGUUUCCGAGUCAUAUGAAGGUGUGUUUCUUCACAAAUUCUGGGUCAGAAGCGAAUGAUCUGGCGAUGACCCUCUCCCGUGCUCACACAGGCCGUUUUGACAUUCUCUCUAUGCGUAACGGAUACCAUGGAAUGACACAAGCUGUAAUUGGAGCCACAAAUAUAGGAACAUGGAAACAGCCGAUUCCAUCCGGAUUUGGUGUGCUUAAAGCGAUGGCCGCUGAUCCGUACGGUGGACCGUGGGGUGGGAAGAAUUGUCGUGAUUCACCAAUUCAGCCGAAGAGGGAUUGCUCAUGCAAACUUGGAGAAUGCAAGGCAACCGACAAUUACAUUCGCCAAUUCGAGGAGACGCUUCGUUAUGAUUUCCCUGCAGCAACCGGACCCGCCGCCACCUUAAUAGAAUCCAUACAAGGGGUUGGCGGAACGAUGCAGUUUACUAACGGAUUUCUCAAACGAGCGUUCGAUACUGUGCAUAAACGAGGUGGUUUGGCGAUUAGCGAUGAAGUGCAGACUGGUUUUGGACGGUUAGGGUCGCAUUUUUGGGGAUUUGAAGCACAGGACGCCAACCCAGACCUGGUCACAAUGGCUAAGGGCAUCGGUAACGGCUUCCCUAUGGGAGCAGUCGUCACAACUGAGGAGAUUGCUGCAUCAUUUGGGAAGGCUCUAUAUUUCAAUACGUUUGGUGGGAAUCCUAUGGCGUCUGUCGUUGGGAAAACUGUUCUUGAGGUGAUUGAAGAAGAAAAGCUACAAGAGAACUGUGCAGUCGUUGGGGACUAUUUCAUAAAGGAGCUCGCAUCGAUUGGUAGUCCUUUGAUUGGCGAUGUUCGAGGAAAGGGUUUAAUGAUUGGUAUGGAAUUCAUUGAUGAAGAUGGAAAGCCGUUAGCUGUCGAUCGUGUGGCAAACAUUUUCGAAGGAGUAAAAGAUCGUGGUGUACUUCUUGGAAAAGGCGGUGCGAAUGGCAACUGUUUCCGCAUCAAACCGCCGAUGUGCAUCAGUAAGAAAGACGCUGACAUCUGUGUUUCUGCCAUCGCUGAUGCUCUGAAGAAUGAGAAAUAA